GAAGGGGGUUAUGUUAUCUAUGAGGUUUGAGAUAUUUUAUUACCAUAAUGUGCUUAAUUUAAUUCAUUAUAUUCAACGUUAUGUUUAGAAGUACCAAAUUGGGUUUCCUAUUCGUAUUAUAGAAGUAAAUUUUACAAUGACAAAAAAUACAGAUAUUCGGGAGUAUUUUUGUAAAAUAAUUAAAGAAGAUGAAGAUGUUUCUGUUGGAGUAGCUGCAAUUAGAUCUUUAAUGGAAAUAAUCAAGCGUUCAAAAUCUGAAACAGUGCAAGAACUCGAAACUAAUUUGAAAAAUGCUAUUCAAGAAAUGAAAAAUUCAAACUACACAGUUGCAGCUAUCAAUUCGGGUUGUGAACUGUUUUUACGUUUCAUUACUUUAGCAGCUCUUGAUACAAGAGAUUUCGAAAAGUGUAAAACAAUUAUGUUGGAUAGAGGACAUCUUUUCAUUAAUAAGUUAGAUGAAGCUAGAGGUAAAAUUGUUAAAUUAGCAGCUAAUUUCAUAGAAGAUGGUUCAAAAGUUUUAACACAUUCGAGAUCGCGGGUAGUAUUGCAAACUCUGCGUAAAGCAUAUAAACAAAAUAAAAAAUUUGAAGUGUUUGUAACUAUAUCAGCCCCAGAUAAUAGUGGUGCACGAAUGGCAAAAGAUUUGAAAUCAGAAGGUAUUCCUUGUACCUUAAUAUUAGAUUCAGCUAUAGGCUAUAUUAUGGAACAAGUUAAUUUCAUUAUGGUAGGAGCUGAAGGUGUCGUGGAAAGUGGUGGUAUAGUUAACAAAGUUGGUAGUUAUACAAUGGCAGUAUGUGCAAAAGAAAUGAAAAAACCUUUUUAUGUACUGACUGAAAGUUUCAAAUUUUCAAGGCUGUUCCCUUUAGGUCAACAGGAUUUACCCGAAGAAUAUAAGUAUACUUCUGAAGUGAGGGCAAAAUGUAACUUAAAAGAAAAACAUCCCCUAGUUGAUUAUACUCCUCCUUCGUACAUAACACUUUUAUUCACAGAUCUAGGUAUUUUAACACCAUCUGCUGUAAGUGAUGAACUUAUAAAAUUAUAUUUGUAAAUUGUAUUAAAAAUACAACCUUAUUUAAUAUC